AUGUCUUCUACUUUUGAAGACAGUUUCUUAGAUUUUGACUUUAAUUUUCUUCAACAAACACCUAAAAAUGUUAUGGUCGAAAGUAAGAUUGAAAAACAGCGUAAGGCUAUAUUGAUUGCUAAAAAGAAAAUUAUCGCUACAGACUCCCUUAUAAAAAAAUACUAUGCUAAGAAAGAAGCCUUGGAUCAGACAGAGAGAUAUUUGAAAAAUUCAAAAGAUGAAUGUAAACAAGUUUGCAUAGAGUAUAACUCUACCUUGGAAGAUUACAGAAAAUUGGAAAAAGAUACCCAACUGUUAUCUCAGAAAAAUCAGGAACUAGAAGAAAGAUUAAAUUUCUCAGAAAACCAAUGCAAGGCAAUUGAGUCUCAUGCUCAUCAACUUCAGGUGCUUGUACAAGAACAUGAGACACAAAUAGAAUCAUUGAAAAUAGAAAACCAACUGGAGAAAUCUAAUAUUAAAGAACAACCAAAAAGCAAAGGAUUGCAAAAACAUGAAUAUGAUAGUCUUUUAAGUCAUAUAUGUUUGCUUAGGGAUAUUGUAUUAGGUAAAAGAAAGUUACGUAAGCAUCACAAAUUAAUUCUCCAGAAAUAUGAUAAGCUAAAGCCAAAUUCGGAUGUUGAUGAUGGCUCUUCAUCUGACAGUAGUGCCGGUGAGAUGGAUGACUUUAUACAUUCCAUACCAUCACCAAUGUCUCCAGAUAAAUUAUCUAGAAAAAAGGCUGAUCAGAUUCAGAAAACAUGCAUUUCAAAGAAAUUGGGGAAGAACGUAAGUAAAGAGACAACCAACAAAAGAAUUGAUGGUGAUCAAGAUUCAGAUUCGAGUAAUGAAAUCAUAAGCGAAGACACAGGUCGCGGAUCAUCACUGGCUUGUUCAGAUAUCGAAAAAUGUUUCAACAGUCCAGAUUACUAUAUAAAUGAUAGUCCAUUUAGUAACGUAAUCCAAAAAGACAAAAAGAACUAUUCAGAUGUUGCUACAAGUCCAAUAACAGUAAAUGAAGAGAGGAUUGAAACAGCUACCAGCCCCAUACCGUUUAAUAGCGCGCACAAGAACCAAAUAAUUACUAAGGACAUGGGAAUCACAGUAGACUCUAGAGAAUUUAUUAUAAGUAAAAGUGUCUCUACUAGUCCUAUAAGUAACCGACAGCGAGAAAUGAUAACUAGUCCUGUAAAUUUCGAUAAACUAAAUUCUGAAAUUGAUAUGAACAACACACUCGAUUUUUUCCCAAAAGACCUAGAGUGCUUGGAAUUGCAUACUUGCAGUACAUACAAAAACCAUGUAACAACUAAAGAGAUAGAAUUCGCAGUAGAUUCCAGGAAGUUAAUUACUACUAAAAAUGUUGCCACAAGUCCUAUAAGUAACAGACAGCAAGAAAUAGCAACUAGUCCUAUAAAUUUUGAUAAACUUCAUUCUGACAGUGGUAUUAAGAACUUAGACGAUCGUUUAACUAAAGAGGAAGAAUGUAAGGAAAUGCGUACUUCGAGUACAUUCAAAAGCCAUGUAGCUACCAAGGAGAUAGGAAUUGCAGUAAACUAUAGUGACUUUAUUGUUAGUAAAAGUGUUGCCACGAGUCCUGUACGAAAUAAACCGCGAAAAAUAUCAAUGAGCCCUGUAGAUUUUGUUGAACUUUCUAUUGACAGUGAUAUGAAUAACUCGAAUGAUGAUUUGAUAAAAGAACAGGAUUUGUUUGAAAUGCAUACUUGGAGUACAUACAAAAGCCGCGUAGCUACAAAGGAUAUAGGAAUUUCAGUAGACUUCAAAGAUUUUGUCGAUAGUAAGAGUAAUACCGUGAGUCAUGAUACAACAAGCAACACACAUCGAGAAAUGGCUACUAGUCCUGUAUUUUUCAAUGAACUUAGUGAUGAAAGUAUUUUGAACAAGUCAAAUGAUGUUUUACCACAACAGCGAGAAAAUCACAAGAGCGCAUACAAAAAUCAAAUAUCUACCAAAGAGAUAGGAACCGAAGUAGAAUUUAGUGAUUUUGUUAGUAGUAAAGCUAUUGCCACCAGUCCUAUUAGUAGUAAACAACGAGAAAUAGCAACUAGUCCUGUAGAUUUCUAUGAGCUUUGCUCUGACAGUGAGAUAAACAAUUCUUGUGAUAAAUUAUCUAAAGAACGGGAGUGCUUGGAAAUAAACAACAGUAACAUAUUAAAUAAAAACCAUUACUAUGAUCGUGAAGUAGAAAAAAUUUUAACUGCAAUGCGAUUUGAUCACGAAAUAAUAACGCCUAUGCCAAUCUCUCCGGUGAUUGCACGAAACACGGAAAAAAAUCAAAUCACCCAAGAUUAUGUAUGUCAAGACGCUGCAAAAGUUGGGGAAGAAAACGCAAUAUUGAAAGCAACUAUCACUGAUUUAGCAAAAGAAAUAUUAAAUAUUAAAAGUUUACUUCAAAAUCAUUUACGCUUAAAUGAUGAAGAAAUUCAAAACCCAAGUCAAUAUUGCAAUAAAAAUUAUAAGAUAAUUGAUACUUCCGUAACUGCAGUAGCAUUUACUAAACCUCCUCAGAACACUCACGUAAUAAACGAAUUAGUUGAAAAUACGUCGGAAAAUUCAAAUAUCACAGUUGACCAUAACCAAGUCAUGAUACCGGAGUUAGAGAAAUCGUUAAACAUUGAUGACAUACAAGAUCGUUCAGAAAGUAUACAUCAAAAUAAUAUUAGUGACCUUAGGGACGAAAUAACUAGCAAAGAGAUUAAUAAAUCGCCAACAACGACUAUAGAAAAAUUAAAAAGAGCCAAAAAGUUGACCCGAUUAGACAAAUUGAGAAAAAAAUUGGUACCUCAAACUAAGAUUAGAAGAGCGAAGACACCACCGAUCAGAAAAGUAAGGAGGCAAAAACAACUAUUAGUUAAGAAAAAAAUUUUAGAGAAAUCUAUAACAGUAAAUAAUAAAAUUGCAUAUGAAAAUGCUGUUAAAGUAAUGGCUGAAUUAAAAUCAAAACAAAGAGAUAAAAGCAAAGAUAUUUCCAUUUCAGGGGAUAUAAAUACAACCAAUGAUUGUAAAAAAGACAAUUCAAAAGAAAAACAUAACAUCAAAGAUAUAUCUAUUUCAGAUGAUGUAAAUACAACCAAUUAUUGUAAAAAAGACAAUUCAAAAGAAAAGCAUAACAGCAAAGAUAUAUCCAUUUCAGGGGAUGUAAAAACAACCAAUGAUUGUAAAAACGACAAUUCAAAAGAAAAGCAUAACAGCAAAGAUAUAUUCAUGGAUUUAAGAAAAACUAACGGUUUUAAUCAGGACUUACAUAUAAUCCCUACAAAUAAAGAUAGUUCUCUAUUUGAUGUCGAAUCUACGAAUCAUGUAACUGCUCUAAAUCAGACAAGCCCUGAGAUUUGUGUUACGCCUGUAAAUGAUUCUGCUCUUAACAAUAAUAGUAAUAUAGAUAUCAAUCCACAACAUUCCAUCUUGCUACCAAAUUCAAUAACUACAAGAAGCCGAAGUAAAUGUUUGUCAUCAUCACAAUUAAGCGAACCGAAGACUAAAAAGCAUAGGACUAUAACAUCAGAUAUAUUACUCCAAGAUGAAAAUCCUUCUACAAAUAAUGUCCCUAAAAGUCGCAGGCGACUUAAACGCGUUGCGCCUGAUCAAUUAGAAGUUACAACAAAACGAAUGUUACGAAGUUCCAAUGUAGUACACGUUUCCAACAUUGACGAUCAGACAAUAAAGAAUAGUGAUAUUGAAAAUAGUAUAAUAACUCCAGAUAACUCUCAAACCAUCUGCAAUAGGAGGAGGUCUAGUCGCUUAUCAACUUCGCAGAAAAAUGAGGAAACAAGUACUAUUAAAGAUACUGAUGCUCACAAAUUAACUGAAAUUGUUACUUACAGUGAUCUUGACAUCUUUACUGAUACUGAUAUUUCGACAUCUAAAAGUUGUAAAAAUCAAUCAAAUACUGAUAAAGUAUACGAUCCUAAAGAAAGCAUAUUAUGUCGUAUGUUAGAAAAGUAUGCAAAAUAUUCAGUCAAGGGCAAUGUAAAGAAAAUUCCUGAUAAUGCAACAAAUAGUAUCUGCAAAAAAUUGGAACAAGGCAUUGCUUAUAUUUUAACAGUUCCUCUCCAUGAAACAAAAAAUGCUAUGAAUAAUUUUGUCAAUGAAAUACAAAAUUGGAAUGUGCAAAACUUUAUGGCUGGUCUCAUGAAAUAUCUAAAGGACCCUGUUCGUAAAGAUGAACUUUUCAACAAAGUUAACUCGCCGCCUGCGCCUCAAAUGACAAAAUCAGAACAAGUUCUGAUAUACAUUUUAAAGCAGCUACAAACUCUUUGGCCUUCAGUUGACCUUGUUAAAAUUGUUUUUGCUAACAUUGAAUUUGCAUUAUUUCAGUUGAAUCAUACACCCGAAUUUAGUACAGUAGAGAGUCUUUCUCAUUUCUAUGCAGUCCUUUGUAGAUAUUUCAGAGCAAAGAGUCGCUUACGACUUUUCAUUUUAGAUGCUAUGUAUUGUAUUCAGUAUAAAUCAGUGACUGUAAUAAAACAAUGCUUAGAGGUCUGGAUGCAUAUUUUACCUUUGGCGCAUAUGGGCAUAGCAAAAAGCCCAUUAGUUACCUGUUUAGUUUAUCUUCUACACUUUUUCAAAUGUGAGGAUAAAUUUAACAGGGUACAGGAGAUAAGGGAAAUAUUGAGCCGGAAAUAUUUUUACCAAGUUACAGAGUGGACAGAAGCUAAGAUCUUGGACAUGUUCAAAAAUGCAAUAAAAGAAUUACGUGAUGUACCUAUUGAAAAGAAAAUGUUGAGAAUGUCCCUUAUUAUCCUUGCAAAACGCAGAGGACCUCAGUGGUGUCAAAAGAAUUUAGUUAAAAACAUGUUACAACCACUUAUAGAAAAAGAAGAUGUGCCAGAUAGGAUCAAAGAGUUUUCUGUGUCAGUGUUAGGGCCUUUGUUAAAGCCCUAUCCUAACGAUAUGAAAGUUCAUUGUGAAAUUAUUGUUAAUCAAUUACUAGAUAUGUUGGAACGCAAUGUCUCACCUAGUAUGAAAGAAGCCAUUUUCUCAUCUUUACUGUAUAUGAAAAGGCACAACCAAACCCGUGUUACACAAGCAUUACUGUCAUGGAAUCCUCAAAAUGUGUCUCCGGAGCUUGAGCAAUUGUUGAAAGAUUAUGUAAGAGAAAAACCAUUUAAAGUAUGGAGAAAUACAUUAUCAAGAAUAUCAGUCACUUAA